AUGGCCUUAACCCUAACAACGCUCAUUCUCUUCUCAUUCCUUGUUUCUUCCACCGCACUCACUGCGAAUUCCGAACUCCUAAUCUCCAAGCGCGAGAAGCUCACUCACUUCCGCGUGUAUGUGCAUGACAAAAUUGCCGGGAGCAACGCCACGACCGUAACCGUAGCCCAAGCGUCGACCACCAAUCAGUCCGCCAUGUCAUUCGGUCUAGUAAGGGUUUUCGAUGACGAGUUGACUGUGGGCCCUGAGAAGAGCUCGAAGAAGGUGGGUGUGGUAGAGGGCAUGGCGGCAUUCUCAUCCCAAAGCGAGGUGGCCAUGUCAAUGUCCAUGAACUUCGUGUUCACGGCGGGGAAGUACAACGGGAGCGGUUUGACCAUUGUGGGGAGGACCUUGCCCUUGUUGAAGACGAGGGAAAUGCCUGUUGUGGGUGGAACCGGUCUUUUCCGGCUGGCCCGGGGUUAUGUUCAGACCAGCACUUACUCGUUGGACCUGAAGAGUGGGCUCGGCGUUCUUGUGUAUGAUUUCUCCGUGUACCACUAUUGA